GGUGCCCCCAUUUCAAUCAUUUCAAGACACAUGCAGCGUGGUUUGUAGCAAUGUCAGCUAGCAGACAACUGGAAGUUUCUCUCGGCUGGAGUAAAGGCAAUCUGUUUUCUCUAGGAUCUCAGGAGCGUUACACACUCGAAGUAAAAAACAACGAACAAAAAGCAGUAGAAGCUCAGGAUGUUAUUCUCAAAGAAGACACAUACCGCCGUCAGUACAUCGCACGUCUACCCAGAAUUGAAGCCAAUCAAAAAGUCUCUGUCGACUUCACUACUGAAAUCAAAGAGCGAGUCACUAUCAAAGAUUUGCCGUACAAAAUCUGUUUUACACUUGCAAGGACACAGCUAAGCAAAAGUUUUGUUAACAAUGGACUAGGGUGUUAUAACCGAGGCUUAGAGAGUUUCAAGCCCAAAUCAGGAAAGUCAAAGUCUCCUUCGGUCUACAAUCUGUUACUGUUUGGCACUGCUGGUGCUAGCAAGUCAUCUUUCCUCAACACGGUGUCAACUAUGUUGAGAGCUGAUGAUGGCAGAGACAACAUGAUCGAUUCAACUGCUGCAGCAGCAGGAGGUGCUGAUCACACAACCAGGAGACUUCAUCGUUACAUGUUUUCUAAAAACUUCGCGGUCAACUUUAACAUUUGGGACACAUGGGGACUAGCCAGAGAUGCAUACAAAGACACCAAGCUCAUAGAAAUGUUGGUUGACGGUAAGCUCCCUUCAGAAUGGGAGAUGUCAGAAUCUCUUGACAUGCACCGUGCAAAGUUUCAGAAGAUGAAGCACGAAAAACUGGAGACACAGAUGCACGGAAUCAUCUUCUUCAUUCCCCAAAUGUUCGUCACUGACAUUGAUGACGAGGAACAACAACGAGUCAAAGAAGUCUUUCAGAUUCUCAUCAAGAAAUGCUACAAUCCCAUGGUAGUGGUCAGCAAAGUGGAUGAAAUCUACCGUGAGUUACGCGACCAUCCAUUCACCAAUGCUGAUAUGGCUACCAAUUUGAGGCGCCGUGUCGCUGAUGCCUUCGCCAUUCCUUCGAAUAACGUUCGCUACGCAGUUAACUACCUUGAAGAACAGCAACGUAGCUUUGAGAUUGAGUGUCUGGCUUACGAGACCAUCCAGCAAGCACUUGAGAACUGUCAGUCAUUUGAAGAUGCUCGCAUCAUGCAGUACGGCGGCAUGUCUAGCAAGGGUAAAGCAGAUGAAGACGGUCUUAUCUGGCCUGACGCCUGACUGUCGUAGUUGCACUCUCUAGUAACUGAAUGUGAUCAACAGACUACGUGCAGUAUUAAAUGGAAGUCUUAUGGCAAUAGGGCAAGUAGCUAACAUGAUUAUGCAUUCAAA